UGAUUUCCCUUAGUUAUCUUUAGUCCGUCGCGUCGCUCGCAUCGAUUCAUGAGGCGAUCAGGCGUCCGCAGCGGAAACCGCAACUGAGUGUUUCGAAAACGAAUGACAGAAAAACAGAGAAAACGCGCCAAAAAUACAGAGCAGAAGUUGCCAAUAAUAUAGCCAAUAACAAGCAACUGCAACAGUGCCGCAUCAUCAACGCCAGCAACACCGACAACAUCGACAACAUCGACAACGCGACACCAAAAUCGACAACAUAACAUAUAGAUAGGAAAUGGCCACGCAACAGACGAGGUCGCAGGACGAGCUGGCCACCAACAACCUGGUGUCCCGGCAGCCGGACAACAUCAAGGAGGAGAAUGAGAACGAGAACGAGGACGAGAUCGAGGAGGCGGCUGUGGUGGUGCCGCCGGACAGUGGCUGGGCUUGGGUGGUGAUGGUGGCCUCCUUCCUCUGCUGCACGGUGAUCGACGGCAUCGUCUUCUGCUCGCCACUGAUCCAGGAGCAGCUGAUGGCGGAGUUCCAUGUGAGCAAGGGCUACGUGGCGUUCGUGUCGUCGCUGCUCAGCGGCUGCUACCUGAUGGCCGGACCCUUUGUGAGUGCGCUGGCCAACCGGUUCGGCUUCCGUCCGGUCACCAUCACCGGGGCCAUAUUCGCGGCCAUCUGCUUCGGCCUGUCGUACUUCGCCACCAGCGUGGAGUAUCUCUUCCUGAUCUACGGCGUGCUGGGCGGCAUUGGCUUCUGCAUGGUCUACAUCCCGGCCGUGGUCAUCAUUGGCUUCUACUUCGAGAAGUGGCGUGCAUUGGCCACCGGCGUGGCCAUGUGCGGCUCCGGCGUGGGCACCUUUGUGUUCGCCCCCCUCACCAAGGUUCUGCUGAAGAGCGGCUGGCGCGAGACCCUCGCCAUCCAGGGUGCCAUUGUGCUGCUGUGCGCCAUCUUUGGCCUGACCUUCCGGCCCAUCCAGCCCAUCACGCUGUCCGCCAGCAACGAAGAGGAUCCGGAGAAGAGCAAACUAAAUGGACACGGCAACACGGUGGCCCCCACUCCGCAGCUGCACCAGGCGGCCUUCACCAAGCCGCUGCCCGAAGGUCGCUUCGCCUACUCGAUGCCCAAUUCGGCCCACAACACGUAUAUGGGUGCGUCGCAGCGCCACCACUAUCCCACCGCUCAGGAGAUCUUCAAGGGCAUGAACCUGGAGCGCCGCCCAUCGGGCACCGCCGCCGGCGGCAAGGGCACGGAACUGAAGCAACUGCGCAAGUCGCAGCCCACCACGCCCAACGGCGAUCCGCAGCAGCUGACCUUCAAUCUGCACAAGGAGCUGACCACCGUGGGCGAGAACGAGGAGGAAGCGGAGAACGACAAUCUGCUGGAGACGGAGGCCAAGCCGGUGACCAUCCAGGCGCGCCGACACACGGUCUCCGGACGUCGGCCCCAGGACAUUGGCAAGCGGUCCGCCGCCGCCGCCCACGAGGCUCACCACGGACAGACGCACUCCUCGUCGCGGCCGAUGUACCGCGACGAUAUCUUCUUUACGGGAUCAUUGACCCGGAUACCGCAGUAUCAGUCGCAGACAUCGCUGGCCUAUCACAUGUCCGUCACCCGACUGCCCACCAAGCAGGACAUGCUGGAGGAGCGACAGAAGGGAUGCCGCAUCUGCCCGGAGGCAGUGCGUCGCACACUGGCCACCAUGCUGGACACCACGCUGCUCAAGUCGCCCGCCUUCAUGUGUUUGGCCUUUAGCGGCUUCCUCACCAUGAUGGGCUUCUUUGUGCCCUUCUCCUUCCUGGUGGACCGCGCCAAGGCCGCCGGCAUGGAUGAGGACACCGCCCUGGACGUGCUCGGCGGCAUCGGCAUUGUGAACACCUUCGCCAGGAUCGUGUGCGGAUCGAUCAGCUCGUUCCCGGCCAUCAAGCCGCUCUGGCUGAACAACUUCGCCCUGACUGCCGGCGGCAUCGCUACCAUCUUCAGCGGCGUGGUCAUCACCACGGCCAGCCAGUGGACAUUCGCCCUCUUCUUCGGCAUCUGCAUCGCCUGCUUCUCGGCCCUGCGCUCCCUCAUCGCCGUCGAGCUGAUCGGGUUGGAGAAGCUGACCAACGCCUACGGAUUCCUGAUGCUCUUCCAGGGCCUGGCGGCCACGUUUGGCAGUCCCAUUGCGGGAAUCCUGUACGAGAUGACGAACAGCUACAACAUGGCCUUCUACUUCGCCGGUGGCCUGAUCCUGCUGUCGGCCUUCCUGUGCUAUCCGCUCACCUGUGUGAGCAGGUGGGAGCAGCGGCGCAACGAGAAGCUCACCCCCCUGCCGGCGGCCUAGGGAGCUAAGCUGUGGAGCGAAUGGAGCAAUCGAAGACCUACCUGCCCAGCCAGACAGCCUAACAGCCAAACAGCCCGAACACCUUGUCAUCGCGCAGCCGCCAACUGACUGUCUCCGAUGGCAGUGGCACCUUCGGUUUUGGCAACACACUAAUUGCCAAUUGCCAUUUGCCAAUUGCCAAUCAGUCGAUGGACAUGCCGAUGAAGUUCCACACCGGUUUCGGUGGGGAAGCAAGCGAGCGCGGAAGCGUGUUCCGAGUACUUGAUACGUUAAGAUUAGACUAAGCGUAAUGUUGUGCCUUCAGCGAUAUCGAGUGCCUAUCACAGCACACAACACCUUACCCUUAUCCUAAAUCACAAUCACACACACAAUCAGAGCGAGUGUAAAUUAUGUUUCUAUAAGCUUUAGUGGAGGAGCAGCCUAGGCUAAGCGAAUUGCAGUGGAGAACCGAACACAUUAUUAAUAUUAUUAUGAUAGCCGUAAGCAGCUGAGCACAUGGCUGGGCCACAAGUCGACUGCCAAGUUAAGAAUCGUUUGUUGAGUUAUUUAACAUGAUAGGGAACGAGCAUUUGUUUACCCUCUAAGAGAUAUGGUACUGCACCGCCACCACGGACUUGUUACAUAGCUAGCUAGAUAUACGUUUAUCAAUCAAUCAAACAAUCAAUCAAUUAGAGACGCGGCCAGCCGAUCGUUUGGUGCGGGGUUAAUGCACCUCGAUACCGCUGCUGCAUCGUGGGAUUAGCCGAUCGUGGACAAAACAAAUAAACAAUCAGCCACACGAUGAGGCAUCUGCUACAAGUGCUGUGCUCUUAUGCAAACAGAUUUAUAUAUAUUAAACGAUACAGAUACAGAUACAGAUAGAAACACACGGACCGCUACAUACUCAGCACGUUGAGUGCGUUUCGCGUUUACGUUUAUCAACUACAAUUACAAUUACAUUGAAACAGAAAGAAUGAUUUGUAUUACAUUUAAAUUAAUUAAAAUGAGUUUACAUUGCAUUGCAUGCGACAUAAGGUUACACUUCAUAAACAAUAAAGACGAUUUCGGUAAUACGAACUAA